AUGGCCACCAUACCCCUUCCCGAUCCCGCCGCUCUCCUGGCCCCCCUCCUGCCGGCUCUCCCCGCCGCCGCCGCAUCGACGCAGCCGGCAAGUCAAGUGUUGCCCCUCCUGUCUCCCAUCUUGCGCCAGCGAGUCCAGCUGCUCUCCAGCUCCUCCGCCGAGCCUUGGCUGCGCCUUCUGUGCUACGAGCCGGCCAAGACGGUCGAUCUGGCCGACGUCGUGCGUGGGCCCGCCCUCGAGCCGCAUCCCGUUUCGGGCGAGGUCGAGGUCGACUGGGAGCACGAGUCUGAAACGCGCUACAGGCGUCUCGACGAGGAAACGCUCCAAGCCCUCGUUGUCCUGCGGGAGCUGGGCCUGACCUUCCGUCUCAUCUACUGUGUCAACGACCAAGAGGGUGGCGGUGACGGCUGGAGGGUCGGGGAGGUCUCCGUCGCCGACAAGGCCGAACCCUUCUCCGACUUUGGUGGCAUGUCGAGCAUCGCCGCCGCGGAACAGCGGUUCGAGCUUGGUCAGAGCCAUCCGUCCACGAUCCAAGUCAACGGCGUCAACAAGGACGUAAGAAACGGCGACGGCGACGACGACGACGACGAUGACGACGACGACGAUUACUGGGGCCGCUAUGAUGCCACCCCCGCUCGCACCCCCAAAGUGUCGCGCUCCCCGGGCCCCGGAACGGCAGGCCACGCCUCGCAGGCGGCGAGGCAGUACCACUCCGGCUCGACAGAGGACGAGUACUUUGCGCAGUAUGACCAGGUCCAGCCCGCCAUGGACAACCACGACCCGGACGAGGAGGCCCAGCAAGCGCACCUGAUGCCGUCCCUGGGUCUCGGUCGAGGCCAGCCACAAGGCCACGACAGUGCCGUCCUCGCCCAGCCGCAGCCCAGUGAGCACCACCGGUCCGGCCUUCUGGGCCUGCUUGGUUCGUCGCCGCCUCACGACGCGCUGGCCGUCGAGAUGGCCCACCCGCGACCCGAGUCGAGCGCGAGCUCCAAUGGCCCCCAUACCGUCGCCAAGCUCGAGGAGACGGCCGGAAAGCAGGAGCAGAACGAGUUCGGCGUGAAGCAGCACGUGGCCCGCUCCAUCAGGAGCCUGUACCUGUUGUCGCGCGCGUCGGGCAUCGAGCGCGACGAAUUCGAUCGCCUCGUCAAACGGGAGCUUGAUGUCCUGGCCAUGAUGCAGGACGAAGACUGA